CAGGAGGGACUCACGCGUGCGCAGCUUGUUGUGUCCCUCUCAAGCAGUAAAUGAGGAGCUGGGAGAGUCUCUUUUUGUAUAAGAAUUAAAUAUUAAUACACAAAGUCGAAAUUCUUCUUUACACUUGCCAGUCUGAGACAUGGAGUCACUCAUGGCAUAACCUGUUCUCGCGGAGUAGCGAGUGGGCGAACCGAAGCCGAAAACAGCUCGGAGUGACAGAACGGGGAGGCUGUUUGUGCAGUGGGGUCUCAGAGGAGGAGGAGGAGGAGGAGGAAGAAGCAGAAAAAAAAUAUCGGAGGAAAAAAAUUAAACAUCUGCCCCCACCACCCCCUAUCCGAGGAGGCCAGGGCCGCGGCUGCCCUCACCCUGACCACCCUACCGCCAGGAUGGCUCACCUCCGGGACCUGCGGGACCUGCGGAACCAGAAUUCCCGCCUGGACCCUGAGGAGUAUUUCACCAAGUUGGAGCGAAUUGGGAAGGGCUCGUUUGGAGAGGUGUACAAGGGCAUCAACAACCGCACCAAGGAGGUGGUGGCCAUCAAGAUCAUUGACCUGGAGGAGGCGGAGGAUGAGAUCGAGGACAUCCAGCAGGAGAUCACCGUGCUGAGCCAGUGCGACAGCCCCUUCGUCACCAAGUACUACGGCUCCUACCUCAAGGGAACCAAGCUGUGGAUCAUCAUGGAGUACCUGGGUGGGGGCUCAGCUUUGGAUCUGUUGAAGCCUGGACCGCUGGAGGAGACCUACAUUGCCACCAUCCUGCGGGAAAUUUUGAAGGGGUUGGACUAUCUACACUCAGAGAGGAAGAUUCAUCGAGACAUCAAAGCUGCGAACGUGCUGCUGUCCGAGCAGGGAGAUGUGAAGCUGGCGGACUUCGGGGUUGCUGGGCAGCUGACAGACACUCAGAUAAAAAGGAACACUUUUGUGGGCACUCCCUUCUGGAUGGCCCCGGAGGUCAUCAAACAGUCCGCCUACGACUUCAAGGCUGACAUUUGGUCCCUGGGAAUCACAGCUAUUGAGCUGGCCAAGGGAGAGCCCCCAAACUCAGACUUGCACCCCAUGAGAGUCCUCUUCCUCAUCCCCAAAAACAACCCGCCUACGCUGGAGGGCAGCUACAGUAAGCCCUUCAAAGAGUUUGUGGAGGCGUGCCUGAACAAGGACCCACGAUUCAGACCUACUGCCAAGGAGCUGCUGAAGCACAAGUUCAUCACACGAUACACUAAAAAAACACCCUACCUGACAGAGCUCAUCGACAGAUACCGACGCUGGAAAUCUGAAGGUCACGGGGACGAGUCCAGCUCAGAUGACUCAGACAUGGACGGAGAUGGGGAUGAGCGAGAACAGUGUCCUGUCUGGACGUUUCCUACAGUGAGGCCUAGCUCCCUGAACAAACUACAGAACGGUCUCUCUCUUCCCAACUCACAGAAUGCAGAGGCAGUGAAAAGGCAGCCCAAGUCCCAGUGUCUCUCUGCCCUGGUCACGCCAAUCUUCAGAGAGCUGAAAGAAAAGCGACGAGCAAGUGGAGGCAGCCUGGGCGCCAUUGAAGAGCUGGAAAACGCCUUCAAUUUAGCAGAGGAGUCCUGCCCCGGUAUCUCAGACCGCCUGGUCACGCACAUGAUGGAGAGAGUGCGCAGGUUUUCACUGAAUGGGAACACCACCCCUUCCUCGCGGUGAAACUUACUGGCUGCUAAUCCUCAGUCCCUCCCUGGGCGAGCCGUCUGGACAAAUCCCUUCUCCCCAUCUGGUCCAUCUGCUGAUACUGUCCCCCAAAAGCCCGGCCUGCUCCUGGACCAGAGCACUCCAGCCCCCCCUCCACCUGCUGCCCACUGCCCUCCCGGCCCCAGAGAUCUUUUAAUUAGAGGUUAUAAUGAAAAUAUUUUUACAGUUUUCUUUAUAGGACAGAGAAUGUUUAAAAAAAAGUCACAAGCGCUGUGUAUUAGAUCUUGUCAUAUACAAUAAAGUUUAUUGGAAGCGUUGAAGCAGUUUUGUACAGAGAAUGCCUGUUCCGGAUGUGUAUUUUAAUUAAAAUAUGAAACCACGACAGUGGUGAGAAAGUCAAAACACCUAUUAAACACUGUCAUUAAAAGAAACAGGGACUUUUUAAA